CUCAUGCUGCCGGAGUGAUUCUAGCAGAUUAUACCCCUGCCUGGAGAGAGCAGCGACGCUUUGGUCUGACAACCCUGAGAAACUUUGGUCUGGGGAAGGAGUCGAUGGAGCAGAGAAUUCUGGGAGAGAUACGCCGCAUUGAAAAGGUGUUGGAGCAGAGUAUCGGUAAAAGCAUGAAUCCCCAUAUGCUGUUCCACAACGCCGCCUCCAACGUCAUCUGCCAAGUUCUGUUUGCUCGGCAGUUCGACUAUGAGGAUGAGCUCAUGAAGUUUUUUGUUGACCUUUUCCAUAAAACCUCCAAAAUAAUAAAUGGGCGCUGGGGUUUGAUCUACGACUCUUUUCCUCUGGUGCGCAACCUGCCACUGCCCUUCCAGUGCGCCUUUAAGAUGUUUAAG